CAGUUUUGCCGAAAGAGCUCUUUUGGCUCAAUCGACCCUAGCUCAGCUUACAAAGCCACUCCCAAUUUUAGAGUUCAGAAGCACCACCGGAUCCUACUGUAGCAGAAUCCGAUCAAAGCGUUGCACACUGAAAUUUCUGUGAGGAAACCAUGAAGAGCAUUCUGUCUCUCCAGAGGACAUCCCUAGUCCGACAUCAUAGUGAGAAGUGCGGUGUUGGUUACAGAUUAUUUAGCACUCAGGGUGCUUCUACUACUGGUACUCCUCAGGCUGCGCCGCCGCCACCGCCACCGCCACCGCCUCCACCUCCAGAGAAAACCCAUUUUGGCGGCCUUAAAGAUGAGGACCGGAUUUUUACCAACUUAUAUGGGUUACAUGAUCCUUUUCUCAAAGGUGCCAUGAAACGGGGUGAUUGGCAUCGAACUAAAGAUCUGGUACUUAAGGGGACUGAUUGGAUUGUAAAUGAAGUAAAGAAGUCCGGCCUUCGUGGACGUGGUGGUGCUGGUUUCCCUUCUGGCCUCAAAUGGUCAUUCAUGCCAAAAGCAUCUGAUGGGCGUCCUUCCUAUCUUGUUGUCAAUGCUGAUGAAAGUGAACCUGGGACUUGCAAAGACAGGGAAAUUAUGCGGCAUGACCCGCAUAAAUUGUUAGAAGGAUGCUUGAUUGCUGGAGUGGGAAUGCGGGCUAGUGCUGCUUAUAUUUAUAUAAGGGGUGAAUAUGUAAAUGAGCGGAAAAACCUGGAAAAGGCUAGGAAAGAGGCUUAUGCAGCUGGUUUAUUGGGUAAAAAUGCCUGUGGCUCAGGCUAUGAUUUUGAUGUGCAUAUCCACUAUGGUGCUGGUGCUUACAUUUGUGGUGAGGAAACAGCACUUCUGGAAAGUCUUGAAGGGAAACAAGGUAAACCAAGAUUAAAGCCACCUUUCCCCGCCAAUGCAGGGUUGUAUGGUUGUCCUACCACUGUGACAAAUGUGGAGACAGUGGCUGUUUCUCCUACUAUUUUAAGACGUGGGCCAGAAUGGUUUGCCAGUUUUGGCAGGAAGAAUAAUUCCGGGACAAAAUUAUUUUGUGUGUCUGGGCACGUGAACAAGCCUUGCACUGUUGAGGAGGAAAUGAGUAUUCCCCUGAAGGAGUUGAUAGAGAGGCACUGCGGAGGUGUUAGAGGAGGGUGGGAUAAUUUGCUCGCAGUAAUUCCAGGAGGAUCAUCUGUUCCUCUAAUUCCCAAGCAUAUAUGUGAUGAUGUUUUAAUGGAUUAUGAUGCACUCAAAGCUGUCCAGUCAGGGUUGGGUACUGCAGCCGUGAUUGUGAUGGAUAAGUCAACUGAUGUUGUGGACGCCAUUGCAAGGCUUUCUUACUUCUACAAACAUGAAAGUUGUGGCCAGUGCACACCAUGCAGAGAGGGAACUGGAUGGCUCUGGAUGAUCAUGGAAAGAUUGAAAAUUGGGAAUGCAAAGCUAGAAGAAAUUGAUAUGCUUCAGGAGGUGACAAAGCAAAUUGAAGGACACACAAUUUGUGCCUUGGGUGAUGCUGCUGCUUGGCCAGUGCAGGGUCUUAUCAGGCAUUUUAGACCAGAGCUUGAGAGAAGAAUUAAAGAACGUGCAGAGAGGGAGUUGCUGGAGGCUGCUGCUUAGACUUUGUACCAAGGGGUAAGCAUACUGGUGGAUAGCAAGAAAUGUAAUAAAGUCUGUGCCUCUGAUUUUGGAAGGAUGGAUGGCUCCAGUUUCGGCGGCCUUGACGUCUUUCUCAUUUUAAUUUUAAAAUUUACAACUUGAUGACUGGAACCAGAGUAAUCUAAUCUUCUGGACUUGGAUACAAUGUGUUUCCUGAACAGGGCCUUUGACACAAUUUCAUGUAUGAAAAUAAUAUAAUUUGUUGUUAAUUGUACUAAACAACCGAUGAUUAUGUGGUGUUUGUUGUUUAUCAA